AUGGCAGAGGGCAAACCGUACCGAUAUGGACUGAUCGCUGCAGGCAUGUGCGUGCUCUGUGUUGGCCUCUUCAUCAUGACUCAAGAGAAACCGCACGUCUACAUGACCAUGAGCGCUCUGGGUGUCACCAUGGUGACUGUGGGGACAGCAUGGAGCAUGUGCCAGUGCUACCCAAAGGUCACUGUGGCUCCUGAGAGCCAGGAGAGUCUGAAGGACGGAGAGGAAGCUGUCACACAAGACCAAAGGCAGACACCGAGCAGAACACGACCACUUCCUGAAUCCCUGAAGAGUCACAGCUGUCCCACAAUGCACCUGGUCUGAUCCGUACUCCUCAGGAUGAUGCAGAGAUCGUUUGAUGCUGUCUGAGCUUUAAUUCAAUCUGUCAUCCGUUAAAUUAUUCAGGGGUCCUGCUGUUGAUGAAGAUCGGACUUCAGGGUUUGUCCAGUAGAUGGCGUUGUUUCUGAUCCUGACUGUGACCACAUUU